GGCCAGGCCAUCGGGGCAGCCAGAGGCAGACUGGGUGCCCGGCCUGAGAUCCCAGAUAAAUUCAUCAAAUAAGAUUCUUGGGCAUCAUCCAAGCCCAAAGCUGCUCAGAAAACAUUUUAUUCCGCAUAUACCAUACUUGCAGGGCACCUGUGUGGUGCUCUGUACGGGCCAGUGCGCGAGAUCGACAUCCGCACACACCCUGUGCACAGGAUUUGCGGAUGCAUCCAACCAUGAGUACAGUUGUUCUGGAACAGCCUUCGGCAUUUGCAGAGGAGGAGGAACCAAUCACCAUCACUGGGAAGCCACCAGAUAUCAUGGAGUCAUUAAAUCAGAAGGAGAUCCAGUGGGGGGCCCUUGAAGGGUCACUAGAGGACAAGUUGGAGGACAAACUGGCCAGUCAGAACACAUCUGACAAGGCAGAGACUGCUGAGGCGGGAGGAGCAAAUGCAAGUAAGAGUCAGAAGAAGGCAAGCGUGGAUUCGGCGAAGCUGCCGCCCAACAAGAAAGCCAAGAAAGACAAAGCAUCUAAUGUCCCAGGCAAGGCAGGGAAGAAUGAACCCUCUGGGUCGGCUGUUGCUGUUAUGCGAGUGAAGUCCACCAUACCUUUGCCAAAUCUGAGUGAACAGGCAGAGAAGAAAGCUCUGGACGAACUGAGGAAGAGAGUGAAAUUGAGUCCGACUGCUUUGCCUAACAGUUGCUUCUACACCUUCUUCAACACCUACAACAGCCUUAAUUGUGUUGCCUUCACAGAUGAUGGGCUUGUUGCCGGCGGGUUCUCAGACUCGUCAAUCAAGAUAUGGGACAUGGCGAAGAGGAGUGCAGUGGCAGGCCAGAGUCAAGAGAAAGCAACAGAUGUUCAGAUACUUCCGUCUGAGAACGGCGGGGGAGAUGCAAAUGCAAACGAUGGCCAGGCAGGAGGUAAAGACAGUGAUGCCGUUGUUGAGGCGCAGAGGAUUGCACAUGGGCAGAAAGGGCGCACCUAUGCCUUGUUAUUGGGCCACACUGGGCCAGUUUACGGACUUGAUUUCAGUCCGGACUCAAAGUACCUUCUGUCUUCGUCAGCAGACUGUACAGUGAGGCUGUGGAGCGUGGAGCUGAAUGUGAAUUUGGUUUGCUACAAGGGGCAUAAUUACCCAGUCUGGGAUGUACAGUACUCCCCUUUGGGCUAUUACUUUGCGAGUGCUUCACAUGAUCGUACAGCCAGGGUCUGGUCUAUGGAGAAGUAUUACCCGCUGCGAAUCAUGGCUGGACAUCUCUCUGAUGUCGACUGUGUGCGUUGGCAUGUGAACUGUAACUACAUUGCUACGGGAUCAAGUGACAAGACCGUUCGACUGUGGGAUGUACAAACUGGAGAGUGCAUGCGGAUCUUCACCGGCCACCGGGGCACUGUCCUGUCAUUGGCAAUGUCUCCGAGUGGUCGCUACGUCGCCUCAGGAGAUGAGAAUGGCACCAUCAUCAUGUGGGACAUAGGUUCAGGUCGCCGGCUUGCUCCUCUUCUAGGCCACACAGACUGUGUCUGGACACUCGCAUUCAGUGGCGAUGGAUCUCUCCUGGCGUCAGGUUCAGCAGACAACACAGUCCGUCUGUGGGAUGCUACUGCUUCAACUGUCAAGGCAGGGAAACUGGAAGACAGCCGGAAGUCACGAUUGAUAAAGACUCUUCCGACGAAAUCAACCCCAGUUUAUGCCUUAAGGUUAGAUUUAGCAAUAGGAUAGUAUUGUGGGCGCUCUAUGGGUUGUGGACUGCGCGGAGGUGUCGGGAAGCGGAGUUGGCAAAGAAUAAAAGUUCGCCCGUCGG